CAUUCUUGAAUGGAGUACAAAAUCAUUUUCACCUUUUACCUGGCAAACAUCCCCCUAGGUUCUUCCGCUCGCACGCUACCAUCCCUGUCUAUAACAUAACAUUCUAUAAAACACGGAUCCCGUUAUGAAGUUUCUUUCUUUGGAUCAAUCAGUGUCUUCGCCGUUAUAUCAAUGUAAGAGGCGAAAAUCAAGCGACAAAGCAGAAAUGGUGUGAAAUCAAGAUUCCGUUUUAUAGUUCAAACCCAGACGUUUUACACCGUAUUUGGUUCCUUCAUAAAUCGGCUCUCUUUAUGGCAACCAUACUCAUCAUUUAUUGAGCUAAGAGAGGGAGAGAUUAACUCCCGUUUGACAAGUGAAUACGCCGCAGAAUCUUGGAAAUUGGACGUUUAUUGUGUUCAGCACUCGAGCAUCAGCUUCAUAUCUGGUGAAUGCCUUCUUCACGUGUUGUAGAUCAAAUGUCUCUGGUGAUUUCCCAUCUACAAUUGGUGAUUUGCAGGUUGAGAAAACCUAGUUUUCUUACAGAUUUGGAAUUGUUGCCCUAAAGAAAAGAAAGGAUUACUCAGCAUUUAAAUGGAAAUAAAGAUGCAUUCAAGGGUUGGGAGCCAGGGGGCAUUGGAGGAGGGGAAAGACCUUUCUGUUAGGGUGACAAAUCAAUACAAGCCUUUACCACUAAGAUUACUUCAGUUUCUUCUUUUGUUUCUGGGUGUCUGUAUUGCGUUUUCGAUUGUUAGCAUGUACACACUUCGGUAUUUGGGAGUUCAGAGUGUGGUUCCUAUGAUACAGUCUGGGGUUCAGAAUGUGGUUCCUAGGAUACAGUCAUGUUCUCAAGAAGUAAGUAAUUUGGAGAGGUGGAUUAGACCGCCAUCCGAUCUUUUGCAUACUAUGAAUGACACUGAGCUGUUCUGGCGGGCUUCAUUCGUUCCUCAAGUGAAAGAUUAUCCUUUUAAGAGAAGACCCAAGAUUGCAUUCAUGUUCUUGACUAGAGGGCCUCUGCCUUUGGCCCCAUUGUGGGAGAGGUUCUUUAAGGGUAACGAGGAGCUUUAUUCAAUCUACAUUCAUUCAUUGCCAGCUUACAAGCCUAAUUUCAAUGCAUCAUCAGUGUUUUACCGUCGACAAAUACCUAGCCAGGUGGCAGAGUGGGGAAGGAUGAGCAUGUGUGAUGCUGAAAGGCGACUUCUUGCUAACGCCUUGCUUGACAUAUCCAAUGAAUGGUUUAUCCUCCUUUCUGAGGCAUGCAUUCCACUUCAUAAAUUUAGCAUUGUUUACCAUUACAUAUCGAGAUCCAGGUACAGCUUCAUGGCUGCGGCUGAUGAACCCGGGCCUUAUGGAAGAGGGCGUUAUAAUGAGAACAUGUCACCUGUGGUUAACCUAACUGAUUGGCGGAAAGGAUCCCAGUGGUUUGAAGUUAACAGAAGAUUGGCUGUUGACAUUAUUAAAGACGAGAAAUACUACCCCAAGUUCGAGCAGUUCUGCAGGCCAGCGUGUUAUGUGGACGAGCACUACUUCCCGACCAUGCUGACCAUAGAAUCGCCUCGUCUCCUGGCAAAUAGGACUCUUACAUGGGUGGACUGGUCACGAGGCGGUGCUCACCCUGCUACAUUUGGUAAGGCUGAUAUUACAGAUGAGUUCUUUAAGAAGAUGUUUGAAACGACAUGCAUCUACAAUAACCAGCCAACUAAUUUUUGUUACCUUUUCGCACGAAAAUUUUCUCCUAGUGCUUUGGAUCCUUUGUUAGAACAUUCAUCCAAGUUCUUGAGCUUCUGAUAAGCCACUCAUUUUCCAUGUACACUUAGGCAGUAUGAACUUAGGUAUUCAAGAAUGUUAUAUCAUUCUACACAUGUUUUUGUUAGUAAAAUUUUGGUAUUCUCUUGAAUGUUAUGCUCAAGAAACCUUAGCCAAGUUGGUUAAGCUGUUGGUUUAGUAAUCACAUUGGUACUAGUUUGA